AUGACUCAGAAUUUGUUCCAUCUCGACUCUGGCUACGAAGAAGCCUUAAAAAAGCAUCGCGGUAGCUCUCAGCUCGGCAAAGAAAGUGGUAGUGAUCAUAGGCGCUGGUAUCAGCACGGCGGCGGCGAACAUCCCGGACUUUCGUUCCAAGGAUUAAGAAAUGUCUAUGGCCAACCUCGUCCUCCUCAUGCUUAG